AUGCAGGUGGAAGGUGUCGCUCUGGUCCUUGGUGCUGGAAGUGGCAUUGGGCGCGCGGUCGCCUAUACGCUUGUCACGCAAGGCCUCACCACCCUAGUCUGCGCCGACAUCAAUCUCUCUCAAGCCCAAGAAACCGCCACGUCCAGCUACACCGUCGCUGGGCGAGAAGGCUACGAGGCGACCGCCUAUCGUGUUGACGUCCGUGAGGAGGCGCAAGUGCAAGCGUUGGUUGCGAGAGCCAAGGACCGGUAUGGCCGCGUCGAUAUCUGCGUAACUACGGCCGGGACCGCUGCUGUCAACCAAACCCCGAUCAGCGACAUGAGCCUAGAAACAUAUAGGAGCAUGGAUGAGGUGCACAAUAUCGGGUGCUUUUUAGUCGUCCGCGAGGUGAUCCGGGCAAUGACCAGCCAGGAGCCAGUUUCGACUAAACGGCGGAACCAAACUCGGGGUUCAAUCGUACUGUUAACCUCGCUGGCCUCCGAAGGGGCGUUCCUGGGAGUGGGCAAUUAUAUCGCGGCCAAACACGCCGUCAAAGGGCUGGUUCAAACCGCCGCUCUUGAAAACGCGCGCAAUGGUAUCAGAAUCAACGCUGUUGCUCCCUCGUACGUUUCGGGACCGUUGAUGGACAAAUUCCUGGACGAGGCGCCGGCCGUUAAGGAUGCUAUGCUAGGUGAUUUGCCGUUGAGACGACUGGCCGACCCGGAGGAAGUUGCCGACGCGGUGGUAUUUCUGGCGUCUCAGGCUGCCAGCUAUAUCAAUGGGCAUACAUUGGUUGUGGACGGGGGAUCAUCGUUGCAAUUAUCAAAUCAGCCUUUUUCGUGA